ACGUAUUAACCAUUGAACCUUCUCUCUCCUAAAGGCCAAAUUCUGUUGGUAUUCCAUUGAAUAUUACAGAUCGCACAUCAAUUGCUCGUUCAUUCGUUCAAGUUGGCCUUGCACUACUCUCUUUCAUCUUUCAUCUUCAAUUUCAAUCUCAAUCUCCGAGAUCGAGAAGCGUAAAGCAAAAAGCUAAAGAUGUUCAAGUUCUUGAAAGGAGUAGUUGCAGGAUCUGGCACUGGCGUAAAGGAUCUACCCUACAAUAUUGGGGAACCAUAUUCCUCUGCUUGGGGUUCUUGGGUUCAUUCUCAAGGCACUUCCAAGGAUGAUGGGUCUCCGGUUUCAAUAUUCUCUCUUUCAGGAAGUGCCCAAGAUGGUCAUAUAGCUGCUGGGCGCAAUGGGGUAAAGCGAUUGCGGACGGUUAGACAUCCUAAUAUAUUAUCAUUUCUUCAUAGUACUGAGGUUGAGAUGUUUGAUGGAUCUAAUACCAAAAUCACGAUUUAUAUUGUUACUGAACCUGUUACGCCAUUGUCAGAAAAAAUCAAGGAGUUGGGUUUAGAUGGCAAACAAAGGGAUGAGUAUUAUGCCUGGGGAUUGCACCAGAUCGGCAAAGCAGUGAGCUUUUUGAAUAAUGAUUGUAAGCUUAUUCAUGCUAAUGUUUGCUUGGGGAGUGUGGUGGUUACUCAAACAUUGGACUGGAAGUUACAUGCUUUUGAUGUCUUAUCUGAGUUUGAUGGAAACAAGGAAGGUUCUACGGGGUCAAUGCUGCAAUAUGCAUGGCUUGUUGGCACACAAUACAAGCCAAUGGAAUUGGUCAAGUCUGACUGGGUAGCUAUUAGAAACUCUCCCCCGUGGGCAAUUGAUUCCUGGGGAAUGGGUUGUCUGAUAUAUGAGAUCUUUUCGGGUACAAGGCUGAGCAAGACAGAAGAACUCCGAAAUACUUCUUCAAUUCCAAAGUUGUUGCUUCCAGAUUAUCAGAGGCUAUUGAGUUCCAUGCCUUCCAAGAGAUUAAACACUUCCAAGCUUAUAGAAAAUAGUGAAUACUUUCAAAAUAAGCUGGUGGAUACAAUACAUUUCAUGGAGGUUCUCAGUUUAAAGGACAGUGUGGAGAAAGAUACAUUUUUUCGCAAGCUUCCAACACUGUCUGAUCAACUUCCUCGCCAAAUUGUGCUGAAGAAAAUACUUCCACUACUAGCUUCUGCUCUAGAAUUUGGCUCAGCAGGUGCUCUUGCUUUGACAGCAUUGAUGAAGAUGAGCUCUUGGCUUCCACCUGAAGAAUUUAGUAUCAAGGUGCUGCCAACCAUUGUGAAGCUCUUUUCAUCCAAUGAUCGAGCUAUAAGAGUUGGAUUGCUUCAGCAUAUUGAGCAAUAUGGAGAGUCAUUAUCUGCACAAAUUGUUGAUGAACAAGUAUAUCCUUAUGUUGCUACUGGAUUCAGUGACACAUCAGCUUUUCUUCGAGAGUUGACAUUGAAAUCAAUACUUGUUCUAGCACCAAAGCUUUCACAACGGACAAUGUCGGGAUCAUUGCUGAAGUAUCUUUCGAAGCUGCAGGUUGAUGAAGAGCCAGCAAUUAGAACAAAUACCACCAUAUUACUGGGAAAUAUAGCAAACUAUCUCAAUGAAGGGACAAGAAAGAGGGUUCUCAUAAAUGCUUUUACAGUUCGUGCAUUACGCGAUACAUUCCCUCCAGCAAGAGGAGCAGGAAUUAUGGCCUUAUGUGCCACGAGUUCCUAUUAUGAUAUCUCAGAGAUUGCAACAAGAAUUCUACCAAAUGUAGUAGUGCUUACUAUAGAUCCUGACAGUGAUGUGCGAACCAAGUCCUUUCAGGCAGUCGAUCAAUUUUUAAAGAUUGUGAAGCAGUAUAAUGAAAAGGGUGAUACAGGAGAUUUAAGCAUGGCAAACAUUGGAACUAACGGAAACUCUAGCUUGCUUGGAUGGGCUAUGAGCAACUUGACUUUGAAAGGGAAAACUUCCGAGCAGGCACCACUUGCCUCUGGGGGUUCUAGUGCACCACUUGCUGCAACUAGCUCUGAUGCCAAUUCAGUUGUGGAUGCUGUUGCUACUAGUGCAAUAAUGUCACCUCUUCGCACAAGUUCCAGUGCGGAUUUAGUUGAUCAUCCUGUCCCAGCUUCCCCAACCUCAACGGAUGGCUGGGAGGAAACUGAGAAUGGGCUUGAUGAGCAUGAUAGUGACAAAGACGGGUGGAAUGAUUUUGAAUCGCUUGAUGAACCAAAGCCAUCUCCAGUCCUUGCAAACAUCCAGGCUGCUCAAAAAAGGCCAGUUGCACAGUCUAAGCCUGCAUUGUCUCAACCAAAACCAGCAGCUUCAGGUAUGCAUUCAAAAAGCGCUGUGCGAAAAAACAAAGAUGACGAUGAGUUGUGGGGUGAGAUAGCUGCCCCUCCUCCCAAGGCCACUUCAAAGUCAUUGAAUUUGGGAGCUUCAACGACAAACGAUGAUGACUUGUGGGGUGCUAUAGCUGCUCCACCUCCCAUGACAAAAGCCAAGCCCCUUUCUUUAGGCAGAGGUCGAGGAGCAAAACCUGCUGCUCCAAAAUUAGGAGCCCAAAGGAUUAACCGGACAUCAUCUGGGGUGUAAAUAUGAUAAAUGAAACUGUAAGCUUAAGUCAAAACUUAGAUGUGAGAAAAUUGUUAAGGUCAGUUUUGUAUAAUCCCAUUCUUUUUACUGAUUUAAUAUAUAGUAUACCAGUGUCUACUGAAAAUGUAUUUUUGGGCCUUCAAUGAUACCUUCAGUUUGUUAUAUUCGAAGUAAUUUUUUUUUUUUCCUUCUAAUAUUUGCUUGCUGGAUAAAUACAUAGUUUUCUGUACGGACAGGAUCGUAAUUGUGGACAAUGUGAAGCUUCUCUGAAGUAUAUCUAUUGAAAUUAAUUUUGGGUUUUA